UGACAACCGCUAUGGCACUAUCCAUUCCGGUAAAACCCUAGCAACUUUGUUCACACAGUUUGCAUGCGAUCGCUCUUUGCUCUCAUAUCCUCAUCAGCUUCAUCUGGUCACCAUUUAUUCUCUCUCCUCGGCUCGCGUUGCUCCUUAACACUCCCAGCUCAUCGGGCCUUCAGGAGCGGCCUGGUUCUAAUGGAUGCCUCUGAGCAGAUUCUCCGCCAGGCGUUCGCAGAGAAGCAAUCAGCCGUCGAAGCCCAAGGCCACGCCGUACGUGCGCUGAAAGCAACCGGUGCGGCAAAGCCGGAAAUCGAUGCAGCGAUCGAAUCCCUGAACGGCUUGAAGCUCGAGAAAGCUUCGAUCGAGAGGCAGCUCCAAGCUGCCAUUGGUGGUGGCGACGGCUCCCUUAACCGGGAAACGUUCCGUCAAGCGGUGGUGAAUACUCUGGAACGGCGUUUGUUCUACAUUCCGUCCUUCAAAAUCUAUCGCGGCGUUGCUGGGCUUUACGAUUAUGGGCCGCCGGGCUGUGCCGUCAAGUCGAACGUUCUGGCUUUCUGGCGCCAGCAUUUUGUCCUUGAGGAGAACAUGUUGGAAGUUGACUGCCCAUGUGUCACACCUGAAGUGGUGCUGAAGGCAUCUGGUCAUGUUGACAAAUUCACUGACCUUAUGGUGAAGGAUGAGAAAACUGGGACCUGUUAUCGUGCUGACCACUUGCUCAAAGAUUUUUGCAACGAGAAGCUUCAGAAGGACCUUAGCAUAAGUCCAGAGAAGGCUGCUGAACUAAGACAUGUGCUUGCAGUAUUGGAUGAUCUCUCAUCUGAACAACUGGGUGCAAAGAUCAAGGAGUAUGGCAUUACAGCUCCAGACACUAAGAAUCCUCUGUCUGAUCCUUAUCCGUUCAACUUAAUGUUUCAAACCUCAAUAGGUCCAUCUGGCUUGAGCCCUGGGUAUAUGCGUCCCGAAACUGCCCAAGGCAUAUUUGUUAAUUUUAAAGACUUGUAUUAUUACAAUGGGAACAAGCUCCCCUUUGCUGCAGCUCAAAUUGGUCAGGCUUUCAGGAAUGAGAUAUCUCCUCGCCAAGGCCUUUUGAGAGUCCGUGAGUUCACGCUAGCAGAGAUUGAGCACUUCGUUGAUCCUGAAAACAAGUCUCACCCAAAGUUCUCAGAAGUUGCCAACUUGGAGUUUCUGAUGUUCCCAAGAGAAGAACAAAUGUCUGGCCACUCUGCGAAGAGAAUUCCACUGGGUGAAGCAGUUUCAAGGGGAAUUGUCAAUAAUGAAACUCUUGGCUACUUCAUUGGGAGAGUAUAUCUUUUCUUAAUUCGCCUUGGUAUAGACAAAGACCGUUUAAGGUUCCGGCAGCAUCUUGCAAAUGAAAUGGCCCACUAUGCUGCUGACUGUUGGGAUGCUGAGAUUGAGUGCUCCUAUGGGUGGAUUGAAUGUGUUGGUAUUGCAGAUAGGUCUGCAUAUGAUUUGCGUGCUCACUCGGAGAAAAGUGGCGUUGCACUUGUGGCCCAGGAAAAAUUCUUGGAACCCAGAGAAGUGGAGAAACUAGUUAUCAAUCCUGUGAAAAAAGAGUUGGGCCUUGCAUUCAAGGGGAACCAAAGGAUGGUGGUUGAAGCUUUGGAGGCAAUGAAUGAAAAAGAAGCUUUGGAAAUGAAGGCUACUUUAGAAUCCAAGGAAGAGAGUGCGUUUUAUGUGUGCACUCUGGGCAAAAACGUGACUAUUAAGAAGAACAUGGUCACAAUUUCAAAGGAGAUCAAGAAAGAACACCAAAGAGUUUUCACACCAUCCGUAAUUGAGCCAUCUUUUGGCAUUGGGAGGAUAAUAUUUUGCCUCUUUGAACACUCUUUCUAUACGAGGCCAAGUAAAGCCGGGGAUGAACAGUUAAAUGUGUUCCGUUUUCCACCUCUUGUAGCACCUAUUAAAUGUACGGUUUUCCCACUUGUUCAGCAACAACAGUAUGAGGAGGUGGCAAAAGUCAUUUCCCAAUCAUUGACUACAGCUGGAAUCUCACAUAAGAUUGACAUUACAGGGACCUCAAUUGGUAAACGAUAUGCAAGAACGGAUGAACUUGGUGUACCCUUUGCAAUCACGGUUGAUUCAACGUCCUCAGUGACAAUUCGGGAAAGGGACAGCAAGGAUCAGGUCCGUGUUAAUGUGGGAGAGGCUGCAUCGGUUGUUAAAGAGGUAACUGAUGGACGGCAGACGUGGGCGGAUGUAUGGUCUACUUUCCCCCAUCAUUCAGCUGGACCCGCUGAGGCAGAUGAGUGAAAUGUGAAAUUUGAAUGCGAUGGAACCUAAUUUGAGAUUAUUCAGCCAGCCAUUGUCUUUAUACAUACUACUGGCACAUCUUUUUGCACUGUGGAGAACAAUUAUAAGAUUAUUAAAAGUGUAGGUAUCUGACUAGGUUCAUGAUUUUCUUAGCAAUGUGAUUUGUUCUGUCUGGUGGAAAUCUCAAAUCAGGCAUCUCAAUGCUGCUGCUAUUUCUUGCAAUGUAACUUGAUGGAUUUUGGCUUUUGUGGUGCAUUUCUGAGCCGAAAACGAUAUUCGGCAA